AUGGCCGAUCCUAAGAUCACAUUCUAUUUUGACAUUGGCAGUCCCUUCAGCUGCAUUGCAUUUCAUGUCUUGAGGAACUCUCCUGUCUUUUCGACCUGUGAAGUUGAGUUUGUUCCCAUUCUGUUCAGAGAUUUGAUGCAAGCCUGCAAAAAUACACCUCCUAUUGCGGUGAAAAACAAGUUUGAAUGGAUAAAUCGUGAAAGAAUCUAUUGGGCUCGUCGCUUCAAUGUACCUAUGUCUGAAGCUAUCCCGAAGGGCUUUCCUGCUCCUACUGUCGAGGCCCAGCUUGUUCUAGGCGCCAUCACUACCCAUGCACCAGAAAAGCUGGUAUCUGUCACGGACAAAAUCUAUCGUGGAUUUUGGGAGAAUGGAGACUCAAAUGUCCUAAACUUUACUGGUCUCAUUCCUAUUCUAGAGGAAGCUCUUGGGACAGAUAGUGCAAGCAAUAUUGUGGAACUGUCCAAGACCGCCGAUAUGAAAUCUACCUUGGAGGAGAACACUCAGAAGGCAUUUGUUUCGGGUGCUUUUGGCUUGCCAUGGUUCGACUGCACAAAUUCCCAAGGCAACCAAGAGGGAUUCUGGGGGAUCGAUCAUCUGGGUCGUCUGGUGGACUUUUUGGAACUCGAUGCUAGUUUGGACCAGGCUUUCCGGGUCUUACUUUGA